CAAGAGGGAGAGCGAGAGUCUGGGGAAGAGAGCGAGUCCGACCGAAGCGACAGUGCCCGAAAACCUGCGGAAAGCUGGGACAUUUCCCUUUAGGUUAGCCUUUUAAACUGAAUAUCUACGCUUCUUGUAUUUUCGGAAAAACACACAUCUACAGUUAAAGGACACAUUGACGGGCCCGGUGGGACUCCAGCAGCCCCCCCAUCUCCACCCGUCCCUUCUCUGCCACAGUAGAGGGAGAACCGACGCAGGGAUGGUGUCCGCCGAGAUCGCCCUGGCGGCGGCCGGGGCCGCCUCCGCCCCCGAGCCCCUGACGGCGCUGUCCCGCUGGUACCUGUACGCCAUCCACGGCUACUUCUGCGAGGUGAUGUUCACCGCCGCCUGGGAGUUCGCGGCGCACUGCAACUGGAAGUUCCCCGGCGUCACCAGCGUGUGGGCGCUCUUCAUCUACGGCACGUGCAUCCUGAUCGUGGAGCGCAUGUACCUGCGGCUGCGCGCCACCUGCCCGGUGCUGCUGCGCUGCCUCAUCUACACGCUGUGGACGUACGUGUGGGAGUUCGGCACGGGCCUGCUGCUGCGGCAGUUCGACGCCUGCCCGUGGGACUACUCGCAGUUCCGCUACAACUUCAUGGGCCUGAUCACGGCCGAGUACGCCGUGCCCUGGUUCUGCGCCUCCUUCAUCGUGGAGCGGCUGGUCAUCCGCAACACGCUGCGGCUGCGCAUGGUGGAGCCGGGCAGGGCCGUGGGGGGAGGAGGAGGAGGAGGAGGAGGAGGAGGUGCAGGAGGAGUGGUAGUUGGAGGAGGAGGAGGAGGAGGAGGAAGGGAGCGUGGGGGCAGGGGGGCGAUGAGUGCGAACGGGUACGUGAAGGUGGACUGAGACGGGACGAGAGCGUGGACGGCAGCAGGACUGCUCGUGUCUGACCUCUCCUGCCCGCCACUGGAAACGUACACACAUACACACACACACACACACACACACACACACAAACACAUAGAAAUACGUGGAAGAAAGCAUUUACACACACGCAAACAUACACACCUUAUAACUCUCUAACAAACCUUACCCACACCAGUCCUCACCCAACUAGCAAGCAGCACACCUCCUCCAUGACAUACACAGUACCUCUCUCCUGCUCUGAAUUCUCAUACCAGAACAGAGAAAGAGAGAAUGGGGAAAGGGAGGGAGGGAAAGAAAGAGGAGAGAGGUGGAGGAAGGACUACAGAGGAGAGGGAGAAGCCAGAGAAGGAGGGAUGAAGGGUGGGAGAAUAGCAAAAGGAGGAGUAAGGCAUGCAGCCCUGAGGAGCUGGUGUGAAGGAGCAGGCCAACCGACACUUCAGAUAGUGUAAGAAUAAGCGCUGAGGAGUGUCACAACCAUGGACACACACACACACACACACACACACACAUACAGUACACACACACACACACAACUACCCACUCACACAUACACAAGCAGACACGCACACAAACACAAGCAUACAUACACAGAACCAUCCACCCACAAACACACAACCACCCACUCACACGUGCAUGCACUCGCACACAUACAGGACACACACACACACACACACACACACACACACACACUUGCCCUCCCUGUGAGGGCUGCCCAAUCCCUGUCUCUCUUCGCUCUGCGUUGCAGCAGUGAACGUUAGAGAGACCUGAACUAGCAGCUAAUCCAUUCCAGCGCAGCUCCACACACCACCGCUGUGUGUGUGUGUGUGUGUGUGUGUGUGUGUGUGUAUGUGUGUGCAUGUGUGUGCGUGCGUGUGUGUGUGUGUGGGCCCUCCGUGACACCUCUGCAUCAUAGGUCAUAGGUCACCAUCCUGUCAAUCAUGUCACCCACAAAGAGAGAAAGAGAAGACUGAGCAAAAGUAGCAUAAAAAAACGACAUGUCGUAAAUGAAAAAUCAAAUCCUUCCAUCGGAAAGCAAGUAAACCUUUUAGAACUCUAAUCAUCCAUGUAUGUUGUAGCAAGAGCAAAUAGCAGUUGAUAACGCAUGCUUUUAUUUUUAUUUCUGUUAUUUAUUAAUAUUUAUCUUAAUAAUAAUCAUGUGUGUAGCUUGAAAUUAAUAUAUUAAUGAAUGGUAGAUAUUUAUUGAGACUACUGUAUGUUUGAGUUCUAUGUUCCCGAGCAGUUGUCAUAUUUUUUAACCGCAAAGAGACCUUGUGUGCUUGAAACUGCAUGAGACCUGUCUUCCAAGCGACAUAAACUAGUUCCUUCUCAGACUAACGUUUGAUUUUUCAAAUGUAUAUGCACAACAUGCCAUGCAUCCAUGUCUGUGUGUCCCCGUAAGAUAGCCCAGCAAAGACAUUCGGGAGUGGUCCUGAAAUCAAAAGGAUCAAAUCGGUAAAAAGCGAUGUCUGGAAUGAAGUCUAAGGCAGUGUAUCAAAGAGCCUAUGAGCGUUAGAAAGUAGAGUUGCUUGGACGGGUGAAAAAAAAAGAAAGGUUGAAUCAUUGGUGCUACAUUUUCAAUAAACCUUUUGAAUUUCUAUUUUUGUCCCUCUGAACAUUUUCUGGUCAUAGUGCAUGCAAGAUAAUACUUAUGCAAGCUAGUGCAUGUUUUACCAGAGAAGAGCCAGCAGUCAGCACAUUAGUACAGACAAUCUAAGAGAAAAGUCCUGCAAGUGUACAGGCAAUCUAGUCGGCCGAUUAACACUCCACUGUCAUUUUACACUUAAGUGUGUAAAAUGUUACAUGAAAGAGGAAAAUGUUGAUAGAGCUGGGGGACUUGCAUCCAUUUUUUCCAUAAUGCCACAUAGUAUAUCAUUUUACGUUGCGUAAGAUGUUAUAUGGUUAUGUGGUGAGAUGUUGAUACACUAAUUUAGGUGUUCAUAAUGUACUCAUACGGAACUGUUUUGAUCUCUGCUUCGUCUCCAGACUGAGGGUGCUGUUGAAUAAAAGUGCUUGGACAGGAGACUGUUAUGGAAGGGCAGCAAGUCUAACUACUCCUCAUUAAUCCUGUUAUUAAUAUUACUAAUAUUCUGUAUGAUUAAUCUGACUUCCUAAAUCCAUGAAUGACUUGACCAGUGCAUGGCUGGUGCAAAAUGCUGUAGAGCAGUAUUUCUUCUUCCUUGAAUGAUCUGAAUAGUGAAAUAUAUUGCUAGGUUUUACCCACCUGCGAAUGUACUGUAACCACUAAAGUUCAUCUCUUGUUCUGUCAGAAACCUACUGAAACCUAUAGUGUGAUAUAAUGCCGGGAAAACAAUGCUAAAACAGGAUUAGCUGUGAAUUGUCAUUUGAUUUGUACUGUAAUGAAUGCACUGAUGUACUUACCUCCAGGUUCACCUGUUCUGAUUCAAUAAACUGCAGCCACGGUCAUCUGA